GGCAUGAUGGUGAAGGGAGUAGGAGCGGGAGGGAGCGCAGGCGAUGAGGGUUGGGCUAGGGUAGCAGAUGGGAGCGGGAAGGCGACGGUGCGAAAGCCGUCGUGGCGUGAGCGGGAGAACAACCGGCGGCGGGAGCGCCGUCGACGGGUGAUCUGGUCGAGGAUCUUCGCCGGGCUGCGCAAGCACGGCAACUACGCCCUCCCUAGGCAAUGCGACAACAACAUCGUCCUCAUGGCCCUCUGCGAGGAGGCCGGCUGGACCGUGGAGGCCGACGGGACAAUCUACCGCAGGGGAUCCAAGUCUCCGGCAGGUGAUCAGCAUAAGGCCGACAAUGGAGGGUCUGCGCAGGUGAACCCAGGCGGAGCUUCCUACGUACAGAGCCGGGCGUCGUCGCCCUCCCGCAUCACGCUCGGCGGCGGUGGCAGCAGCGGCGGAGCCGUCCCCGUUCCAGUGUGGCUCAAGAACCUGUCCAAGCAGCUUAGCGGCUCCUCGUACCCCAAGUACAUCGCGAGCUCCUCCAGCUCCAACGCGCCGGCGACGCCGGAGAACAGGUACCCGUCCUCGUCCCGGCUGCGCUUCCGCAAGAUGGCGCGCUCCUCCCCGUCGCCCUCCACUCCGACGCCGAGCCCGACAACGGCCUCCAGCGUGCUGGCGCCGUGGGCCGCUGGUGCUGGAGCCAGCCGCUACUCCUUCCAGGCAUCCACCCCGCCGCUGAUGAGUGUGAGCCCCAUCACCGGCCGGGCCCCCGGCCCCGACACAGUGAACCUGCUGGCGGGGUUCCAGAUAUCCACCGCCGCGGCCAACAAGGCACCGAACUACAGCAGCUUCGCGGAGCCCGGGUCCGGGCCCCGCUCGACUUCUUUUUCUUCCUGGAUGUUUCCGCCGUUGCCGGGACGGAGCAGAAGCGGGGCAUCGGCGGCUGUUUGUGGCCGCGGCGCUGAGAUGAUGUCCCCACUCGGGUUCUCAUUCCGCACGAGCGGCGGGGAGCAGGCUGGUACGAGGGAGGACGAGGACGUGAUGACCGAGAAUCCUGCCGAUGAGGAGGGCCUAGAGCUCACCCUGGGGAACGCGUGGACCCGCAAGGACCGCGCUUAA